AUGCAGGCAGGUAGUCGUACAAUGUACAAAGAUCCAAUGCUUUCGAGUUAUGUACCAGUGUAUGUGAUGCUCCCUCUAGGAGUUAUUACAAAUGACAAUGUCUUAAAAGACAGAGAGGAACUCGAGAACCAACUCUGGGAGUUACAUGAAGCUGGUGUUGAUGGGGUUAUGGUUGAUGUGUGGUGGGGUAUAGUAGAAUCUAAGGGUCCUAAGAAGUAUGAUUGGUCAGCUUAUAGGACCUUGUUUAAAUUGGUUCAAGAUUGCAAAUUGAAGCUACAAGCUAUAAUGUCAUUCCACCAAUGUGGGGGAAAUGUGGGAGAUUCUGUUUUCAUCCCGCUCCCUAAAUGGGUACUUGACGUUGGAAAGUCAAACCCUGAUAUCUUUUACACCAACCGCAAAGGUGUCAGGAACAAGGAAUGUCUAUCCCUUGGCGUUGACCACCAGCCUUUGUUUCAUGGAAGAACUCCCAUUCAGCUCUACACUGAUUACAUGCAGAGCUUUAGAGAUAAUAUGGAAGACUUUCUUGAAUCUGAGCUCUUGAUAGACAUUGAAGUAGGACUUGGCCCUGCGGGAGAACUUAGAUAUCCAUCUUACACACAAGAUCUAGGGUGGAGAUUUCCUGGUAUCGGAGAAUUUCAGUGCUAUGACAAAUAUCUUAAAGCUGAUUUCAAAGAGGCUGCAGCAAGGGCAGGCCAUCCCGAAUGGAAGCUUCCAAAUAAUGCUGGGAGAUCGAAUGACGUGCCUGAAUCUACGAAAUUCUUCAAAUCAGGGGGAACUUAUGAAACAGAGAAAGGGAAAUUUUUUCUGACAUGGUAUUCCAACAAGUUGUUGACCCAUGGUGAUGAUAUCCUGGAAGAAGCCAACAAUGUAUUCUUAGGUCGCAAUGUGAAGUUAGCAGCAAAAGUUGCUGGAGUCCAUUGGUGGUAUAAAUCAAAAAGCCAUGCAGCAGAACUUACUUCAGGAUAUUACAACUUAGACCAUAGAGAUGGAUACAGACCCAUAGCAAGGAUGCUCUCACGACACAAUGCUAUUCUAAAUUUUACAUGUCUUGAGAUGAGAAAUCAUGAGCAACCAGCUGAAGCCCGAAGUGGAGCUCAGGAACUUGUUCAGCAGGUUCUUAGUGGAAGCUGGAUGGAGAACCUUGAAGUUGCGGGAGAAAAUGCACUUUCAAGGUAUGACAGUGAAGCAUACACCCAAAUUCUUCUAAAUGCUAGACCAAAUGGUUUAAACAAAUGGGGGCCUCCAACACUAAAAUUGGCUGGCGUAACAUACCUUCGUUUGUCAGAUGAAUUACUACAUCAAACAAACUUUGAUGUAUUCAAGGCCUUUGUUAGAAAGAUGCAUGCUAAUCUGGAUCACUGUCCUAAUCGAGAGAGGUACUAUCAUUUCACAGUUCCUUUGGAGCGUUCAAAGCCAAGAAUUCCACUGGAGCUUCUUCUUGAAGCAACCGAACCAGUGGAGCCUUAUAGAUGGUAUAAGGAAACAGACACCACCCUUAAUGAUGAUGUUACUGGUUUUCUUUAUUAUGUAGUCUCUACUAUCCUGCGUAUUUUCAAGAUAAAAAAAAUAAACUAA